UCGCUCACAGUUAUGGCGGUGUCAGGGAGUCGCAAGGAUGGAGUACAAUCCACAUCUUGAUAUCUGAUUUUUCUCGUUGACCCAGGACCGUAUUACCACUUUUCCUUGAUUGUUACAUACUACUCCGUAUUAUUCCUGCAACGAUGGCGGGCCGAGGCGUGGAUAUGUCAGCACUACCAAAAGAGGUCAGGGACCAAUUGGCGGAGUUGGAUUUGGAGCUGUCUGAAGGUGAUAUCACUCAGAAGGGAUAUGAGAAGAAAAAGACUAAACUUCUGCUUCCCUUCUUCAUGCAAACACCAGUAGAACCACCCCCCCCUGCCUAUGACGCACAUGCUCCUGGUCCUAGCAACGCCUCUGGCUCCACCCAUGUCAGCACUCACACACAGGCUCCUCCCCCCAGCUCCUCUUCUCGCUACCGUGAUCGCGGCUCCCGACGACCGCACCGCAGCGGAGGGACCAGGGAUGACCGCUACCGAUCAGAUAUCCACACAGAGACGGUGCAGGCUGCGUUGGCCAAACAUAAGGAGGAGAAGAUGGCACUGCCCAUGCCCACCAAACGCCGCUCCACCUACGUCCAGUCGCCUGUCAUGAACUGCACCCCACCAGGUAGCGUAGGACUGACCCCCUCAAAUCAGCCUGACUGCUUCUAUUUCCUCAGGAACAGCCUACACUCGUCGUCAGGUUCAGAGAAUGAGAGUGCUCUGCUGAGGCAGUCGUCAGUGGGAGCCGAUUUGGAGGCUCUGGACACUCCCUCUCUGCUGCAGCCCCCGAGUCUGCAGAGCCCUGACUCCUGGAUCAACCACUCUGUCCAAGGCUCGUCCACCUCCUCCUCUGCCUCCUCCACCCUGUCCCAUGGAGAGGGCAAGCCCCAGCCUCAACCAUCCCAGCCCCAAGCCCAGCCCCAGUACAAGCCCCAGUAUCAGCCCCAGUAUCAGCCCCAGUAUCAGCCCCAGUAUCAGCCCCAGUAUCAGCCCCAGUACCAGCCGCAGUACCAACCACAACUACAGCAUCCAGUCAUAGCUGACAUGCUGGCUCACGCACGUAUCGAGAACAGUGCCCACCCCCCAGAUGUGACAACAGCGGCCCCCCAGGCCAGGGACUUCUCUCAGGUGGACCGGCCCAACAACCCUCCUGUGGUCCGGGGGAUGAGCCGCGGACAGAGUCACUCCGGCAUGAUGGAGACAGCCGACGGUAACAGAAGAGGUGUCCCGGUUAACAGUAGGGUGUCCACUAAGAUUCAGCAGCUGCUCAACACCUUGAAGAGGCCCAAGAGGCCCCCCUUCAGUGAGUUCUUCAUGGACGACCAGGAGGAAAUUGUAGAGGUGCCUCAGCCGGACCCCAACACCCCGCGGCCAGAGGGACGUCCGAUCAUCCCAGUGAAGGGGGAGCCCCUGGGGGUGGUCAGUAACUGGCCCCCUGCCCUCCAGGCUGCCCUGGUUCACUGGGGGGCCACACAGGGCAAGAGCCCCGCCCUCACCGCCUUGGACAUCACUGGCAAACCCCUGUACACACUGACAUACGGAAAGCUGUGGAGCCGCAGUGUGAAGUUGGCCUACACCCUCCUCAAUAAACUGGGGCCCAAGAACGAGCAGGUCCUCAAGCCUGGGGACAGGGUGGCUCUAGUGUACCCUAACAGUGACCCUGGGAUGUUUUUGGUGGCCUUCUAUGGCUGCCUGCUAGCUGAGGUCAUCCCUGUCCCUAUAGAGGUACCUCUGUCUCGCAAGGAUGCAGGCAGUAGUCAGGUAGGCUUCCUUUUGGGCAGCUGUAGUGUGAGUUUGGCUCUGACCAGUGAGAUCUGUCUGAAGGGACUUCCCAAGAUGCCCACCGGAGAGAUUCUACAGUUUAAAGGCUGGCCUCGGCUAAAGUGGGUGGUGACAGAUUCCAAGUACCUCACCAAACCUGGCAAGGACUGGCAGCCCCACAUCCCUACAGCGAACACUGACCCUGCAUACAUAGAGUACAAGGCUAGUAAGGAGGGCACAGUGAUGGGUGUGGCUGUGUCUAAGGUGGCCAUGUUGACCCAUUGCCAAGCACUGACCCAGGCCUGCAACUACUGUGAGGGUGAGACACUAGUGAACGUUCUGGACUUUAAAAAGGACAUGGGCCUGUGGCAUGGAGUUCUCACGAGUGUAAUGAACAGGAUCCACACCAUCAGUGUGCCCUAUGCUGUGAUGAAGGCUUGCCCUCUCUCCUGGGUUCAGAGGGUCCACAUACACAAAGCGCGCGUUGCCUUGGUGAAGUGUCGUGACCUGCACUGGGCCAUGAUGGCACACAGGGAACAGAGGGACACCAGCCUGGAAUCACUGCACAUGCUCAUCGUUGCUGAUGGAGCCAACCCCUGGUCGGUGUCAUCCUGCGAUGCCUUCCUCAACGUGUUCCAGAUCCACGGGUUGAAGCCAGAGGUCAUCUGUCCCUGUGCCACCUCCCCUGAGGCCAUGACGGUGGCCAUCCGCAGGCCGGGGGUGCCGGGGACACCCCUCCCAGCCAGGGCCAUCCUCUCCAUGGGGGGUCUAAGUCACGGGGUCAUCAGGGUCAAUGCGGAGGACAAGAACUCUGCCCUCACCGUGCAGGACGUGGGUCACGUGAUGCCUGGAGCUCUGAUGUGUAUAGUGAAGCCUGAAGGGCCUCCUCAGCUGUGUAAGACAGAUGAGAUAGGGGAGAUUGUGGUGAACUCUCGUGCCGGAGGCAACAUGUACUAUGGCCUACCAGGAGUCACCAAGAACACCUUUGAGGUGAUUCCGGUCAAUACUCUUGGUGCUCCUAUUGGAGAGAUCCCCUUUGUGAGAUCUGGACUCCUAGGCUUUGUAGGACCUGGCAGUCUGAUAUUUGUGGUGGGGAAAAACGAAGGCCUGCUGAUGGUGAGUGGGAGGAGACACAAUGCUGAUGACUUGGUGGCCACAGCACUCGCCGUGGAGCCUGUCAAGACUGUGUAUCGUGGAAGGAUUGCGGUUUUCUCUGUGACGGUGUUCUAUGAUGAGAGGAUUGUGGUUGUGGCAGAGCAGAGGCCAGAUGCCAGUGAGGAGGACAGCUUCCAGUGGAUGAGCAGAGUACUGCAGGCCAUUGACAGUAUCCACCAGGUGGGUCUGUACAGCCUAGCCCUGGUACCUGCCAACACGUUACCCAAGACCCACCUGGGAGGGAUCCACAUCUUUGAGACCAAGCAGAACUUCCUGGACGGCAACCUGCACCCCUGUAACAUCCUCAUGUGCCCCCAUACCUGUGUCACCAACCUCCCCAAACCACGGCAGAAACAGCCAGUGGGUGUGGGUCCAGCCUCCAUCAUGGUGGGGAACCUGGUAGCGGGGAAGAGGAUAGCCCAGGCAGCAGGCAGGGAUCUGGGAAUGAUCGAGGACCAGGACCUGGUCAGGAAGCUCCGUAUGUGGCCUACUAUCAUGCACCAGUUCUUGUCCGAGGCUCUACAGUGGAGGGCACAGACUGAUCCAGACCACUGUCUCUAUGUGCUGCUCAAUGCAAAGGGUCUAGUUGUAUCCACAGCUACAUGUGUGCAGCUGCACAAGCGGGCGGAGAAGAUUGCAGCGGCUCUCACAGAGAAAGGCAGCGUCAACACCGGGAACAACGUGGUGCUGCUCUACCCUCCUGGUAUUGAUCUGAUAGCCUCUUUCUACGGCUGCCUGUAUGCUGGCUGUGUUCCUGUCACUGUCAGACCUCCUCACCCACAGAACCUGGCAGCCACACUGCCCACUGUCCGCAUGAUCAUUGACGUCAGUAAAGCUGCCUGUAUCCUCACCACUCAGAACCUCAUGAGGAUCCUGCGCUCCAAAGAGGCUGCAGCCACAGUGAACAUUAAAACAUGGCCGACAAUCAUAGACACAGAUGACCUACCUCGCCGUAGACCCCCAAUGAUCUAUAAGCCCCCCACGGUAGAGAUGAUUGCCUAUCUGGACUUCAGUGUGUCUACCACAGGCAUGCUCACCGGGGUCAAGAUCUCCCAUGCGGCAGUCAGUGCUCUGUGUCGCUCCAUCAAGCUGCAGUGUGAAUUCUACUCCUCACGCCAAAUAGCCAUUUGCCUAGACCCUUACUGUGGCCUGGGCUUUGUACUGUGGUGUCUCGCAAGUGUGUACUCAGGGCACCAGUCCAUCCUAAUCCCUCCUCUGGAGUUGGAGAGCUGUCUGCCCCUGUGGCUGAGUACUCUGAGCCAGUACCGGAUCAGAGACACCUUCUGCUCCUACUCUGUCAUGGAGCUCUGCACCAAGGGGAUAGGCACGCAGACAGAGAUACUCAAAGCGCGGGGGCUGAACCUGUCAUGUGUGAGGAGCUGUGUGGUGAUAGCAGAGGAGCGUCCUCGUCUGGCCCUCACCAUGUCCUUCUCCAAGUUGUUUAAAGACCUCGGCCUCUCACCCCGCGCUGUCAGCACAGCCUUCGGAUCCAGGGUCAACCUUGCCAUUUGCAUGCAGGGCACCACUGGACCGGACACCUCCACUGUGUAUGUGGACAUGAAGUCCCUCCGCCAUGACAGAGUGAGGCUGGUGGAGAGAGGAGCCCCUCAGAGUCUCCCUCUGAUGGAGUCUGGCAAAAUCUUACCAGGAGUCAGGGUGAUCAUCGUGAACCCAGAGACCAGGGGACCUCUAGGAGAUUCCCAUCUAGGAGAGAUCUGGAUCAACAGCCCUCACAGUGCCAGUGGCUACUAUGCCAUCUAUGGAGAGGAGAGCCUGCAGGCCGACCACUUCAACACCAAGCUGAGCUUCGGAGAUCCCACGACCCUGUGGGCCAGGACUGGCUACCUGGGCUUCGUCAAGAGGACUGAGCUACUGGAUGCCACUGGGGAUCGUCAUGACGCCCUGUUUGUGGUGGGUUCCCUGGAUGAGACUCUAGAGCUGAGGGGGCUGCGCUACCACCCUAUUGACAUCGAGACAUCUGUGUCCCGGGCUCACCGCAGCAUUGCAGAGAGUGCGGUAUUCACAUGGACCAACCUACUGGUGGUGGUGGCUGAACUGAGUGGCUCAGAGCAGGAUGCCCUGGAUCUGGUGCCCCUGGUCACCAAUGUGGUGCUGGAGGAGCACCACCUCAUCGUGGGCGUGGUGGUCAUCGUGGACCCGGGGGUCAUACCCAUCAACUCCAGGGGGGAGAAACAACGCAUGCACCUCCGGGACUCCUUCCUGGCUGACCAACUGGACCCCAUCUAUGUGGCCUAUAAUAUGUGAAGGGCCAGGGGGAUAGGCUGGUUAUUGUAUGAUGGAAGAGAUUCUGGCUGGUGGAAGAAAGUGGUUUGGACCAACCUACUCCACAGACAGACAAUGCCUAUUGUACCACAAGGUUGGCUGACCUUGACUGUACUGACCCUUGGGGAAAUCGCAGCUCUUUUUGCACGAUGUUCAGAUCUUAGGUAUUUUGCAUUCCAGGUCUGUUGGAUUUGAAGGGGGCACUCUGUUGUGUUGAGACGUACACUGUGUUUGAAAAAAUGAAAAGAAAAAAUAUAUAUAUAUAUUCACACCCGGACAGAGUGAGUGUGUCUACACCAAACACAGCUUUUCAACUGGAACUGGAUGGGAAGAUAACUCUAAUCUCGCCACACCCCCUACAACCCUCCUGCCAAAUCAAACACCUCAACAGCCCGACUGGCCCUCUAUUUGCACAGAGUGUCGGGGAGUAUUAAGGUGCUGAAGUCAAUCUUAACUCUCCUCACUCCUCCACAAUCCAAUCAUCUGUGGGGUAUUGUGAGGGGCCAAGGGAUGAGGACUUCCUGUCUCUGGUGACAUCAUUUUCUGUGGUUGAGUGAUGUGUACAAAAUGCAUCCAUUAUAACUGUUUCUCCUCCCAAAGCUUUCCAGGUCUUACCCAGUCCUUGUUUUAUUUUUCUUAUCUUUGACGUAUUCUAAAUUGCCAUAUUUGUACUGUAUACACGCACACAUUCACAGAAACUCACACCGGUGCUUGCUUCACCCUGUAGUGGCCUCUUACUCGUGCACUUUGAGGUAGGGGUUUAUGAAGGAUGUGUGAAGGUAUGUUAGAACACUAAUGAACAUAUUAGCUAGGCCAAUCAUCAGCUGUUGAUUUAAUUUAUUCUGUCAGUCAUCAUGUACUGUACUUACACAGGUUUAUUGCUUGAAGUUUUACAAAGGCAAAAUAUGAAAUGGAACACAUUCUCACCUUUCUUGAAUUACGUUUACUUCCUGCCUUAUAAAACUUUGCCCAUACAACUUUUGUUUUUCUCCAUUGCUGUUCUUCUAGCUCAUAACUGUUUGUGUUAUUGGGGUGAGAAUCCUGAUUGAUAUCCAAAGGGAUGUUUUGAGUAGAAGCUAGAGGCCUUUUACUGUACUGUACCCAUCAAGACCUCUGUAGUUUCGAUAUACUGUACAGAUAUUAUUUUUAAAAAUGUGUGCAUAAAUGUGGGAAAAAAACUCAACUCAUCCCUCUCACGUGAUGGUUGUCUGGAUAGCUGUGAGAAGAUGGUAGCAAAUUAAUAUUGUACGUAAGAAUUUAACACUAAUCUUGCACUUUCUCCAAAAAUGUUAUUUUUUCAUGAUCCAAUUACGCACAUUCCUCGUGUUCAAGGAGCAUAUUAAUUGUGAGGAAUACUUUGAGGAAUCAGAGUUCACUAGGAAUUAGCAGAAAGGAACUAGCUAAUAGGGUCAGGAGUUUCCCCAGGUCAGGUCCCAACCGGCUCGAAGGACCAUGAAAACAACGCCCCAUGAAUAAGGUUGUCAGGGAUUUGUACGGUCAGGGAUAACUACUGCCCCCCAACCAGAGAUUGCUUUGAUGUUAUGAGCUUGGGGAGAAUGAUUAAACCAAUAUAAAAUUACUGUUGUUUUGUGUAAAAGUAAAAUAACCUCUUUUUUUUUCUAUGAACCACCGAUAAAUGGGAUUAGAUGCAGAGCACUUUUCACUGACUGUCCUAGGCUGAGUGAUUUAAGAAUGUGAGCGAGAGAAUAUGGCAAUGCAACAUUUUGCAUAUAAAAAGGUUGCCAAUUAGCAUAAAAGGACUGUAAUAUUUAAUGCAAUCAAACAUUGGCCACUGUCAUAGUGGCCAGGUUUGAAAAUGGAGUCCUAUUCAACUUUAAAUCACUAGAACCUGUUUUUCCCCCUGUAAACUUAAAUUGCUUUUGUAAACGUCAAUAUUUUAUUAGCAUUUAAAUAUGGGCACCGUCCUGUGGAUGAAAUAGGAGGACAACAGCCACGAGUUUAGCGUUUGUUAUGUUCUCCUCCUCACACACAAUUUGUAGCACUCUGGGAAAAGCUUUCUCAUUUACUCUAAUCUUUAGAAGUUUUCACAUUUAUUACUAUAUUGUAUGCUCCUUUCUGUUAUGUGCUCCUCAGAAAAUGAUGUUUUAUUCUUGCAGUGGUAUAGGAGUCCAUGGUGAACUAUUAAUUUUCAUUGUCUAACAUGUAAAUAGUAUUUUUAUUUAUAUAUAUAACCGUUCAAAAGUUUUUGGUCGCUUAGCAAUGUCCUUGUUUUUGAAAGAAUAGCUCAUUUUUUGUCCAUUUAAAAUAACAUAAAAUUGAUCAGAAAUACAGUGUUAACAUUGUUAAUGUUGUAAAUGACUAAUGUAGCUGGAAACGGCAGGUUU